CAAGCAUUACACAGUAGUCUAACUUGUUCUCCUCACCCUCUCGUUUUAACCCUUCCAACCACCUGCUUGCUGAACAGAAAUGGAUUGGAUUGAUCCCGUGUCGAUAUUUCUGGUGUUUGCCCUGACUCUCAUCUUUAUUACAAAAAUUGCAAGUUCCUGGAGUAGCCGCAUCAGAGAGGAUUUUCCCCCAGGACCAAGGCCUUUACCUAUCAUUGGAAACCUGCACAUCUUCAACCUGAAGAGACCCUACCAGACUCUCCUCAAGCUGUCAGAAACCUACGGCCCAGUCUUCAGUGUUCAAAUGGGAUUCACAAAGAUGGUGGUGCUCUCAGGCUACGAGACAGUGAAGGAAGCUCUGGUGAACCAGGCAGAUGCAUUUGCAGAGAGGCCUAAAGUCCCACUUUUUGAAGAAUUAUCCAAAGGAAAUGGAAUUAUUUUUUCACAUGGUAAAAACUGGAAAGUGAUGCGAAGAUUUACUCUCUCAACCUUGCGAGACUUUGGAAUGGGCAAGGCAGCCAUUGAGGACCGGAUAGUUGAAGAGUGUGGAUAUCUGAUAGAGAAUAUUGACUCUCAGAAAGGAAAACCCUUUGAUCCCACAAUAAUAAUGAAUGCAGCGGUCGCUAAUAUAAUCGUAUCCAUAUUACUUGGAAAGCGGUUUGGCUAUGAAGAUCCCCAGUUUGUUAGACUCCUAAAAAUGAUUAAUGAAACUGUCAGGGUUGGUGGAUGGCCCUCCGUUGCGGUCUAUAAUAUGUUCCCAGCCCUUGGAUUUCUCCUGAAGGGUCACAAAAUGCUUCUUCGAAAUAGAGACGAAAUGCAUGCUUUUGUACAGGUUACUUUCAUAGAACACCUCAAAAACCUAGACAAAAACGACCAGAGAAGUCUGAUUGAUGCUUUCCUCAUAAAACAGCAGGAGGAGAAAAAUGACAAUGAUGGUUAUUUCCACAAUGAGAAUUUGAAAAGCCUUGUAGGCAAUUUGUUUGCUGCUGGCAUGGAGACCACUUCCACUACACUACGCUGGGGCUUUCUCCUAAUGAUGAAGUACCCCAAAAUUCAGAAAAAAGUCCAAGAUGAGAUAGCAAGAGUUCUAGGAUCAAAUCCACCGCGAACUGAACAUCGAACUAAGAUGCCCUACACGGAUGCCGUUGUCCAUGAAAUCCAGAGGUUUGCCAACAUCCUGCCAUUGAAUCUACCUCAUGAAACUACUGUAGAUGUCACUCUCAAAGGCUACUUCAUUCCAAAGAAUACCUACAUCAUCCCCUUGCUGGCCUCCGUGCUGCGAGACCAGUCAGAGUGGGAGAAGCCAGAUGUUUUCUAUCCUGAGCAUUUUCUUGACUCUGAAGGAAAAUUUGUAAAGAAGGAGGCCUUCAUGCCUUUCUCAGCAGGUCGGAGGAUGUGUGUGGGUGAGAAUCUUGCCAAAAUGGAGCUCUUCCUCUUCUUCACGAGCCUCCUGCAGAGGUUCACGUUUCACCCUGCCCCUGGGGUUUCCAGCUCAGACCUGGACCUCACCCCUGCAGUUGGGUUUGCUACACCGCCAAUGCCCCAUCAGAUCUGUGCAGUGCCCCGGGCUUAGGGCUUCUGCUCUGACAGCCAUGUCUUACCUGUGUGGUUUCAUUUCCCUCCAUUCCCCACCACCCUACCUCCCACCACACACAUCCAUACAACUCAUUGCUUUCUUCUCUGCUUUCCACUUUGUAUGGAGGGUUGUCGCUUGGGUUUUUUUCGGGGGUGGGAGGGGGAGGUUUACCACCACAUUAGUGGCCUGGAAUAAAGUCAUACAGAAUUUCUCAAAUAGAAUUUACAAUUAAGUUAGUUAACUUGAGUUCAUUGCCACAAGCAGCAGCUGCCUAUACCUCUUGUGCCAAGCAUGCCUUGAGUUGGCCACUUCUGGUCCACCACUUUUAGAGCUAAUCACUAUAUGUAAAAUGCUUAUCUGAAAACCCAAACAUUUCAUGGUUUUCUUUUGCUUCCAAUUGAUUUAAAGAACUAUUGCAUGGCACAGCAGCAUAACAUGCUUUUCAGGUAUUUUGAGGCUAGAAAACACUUUUUGGUAAGCCCUCCUGUAUAUCACACAGCUUUAACUGUCUUUUCUUGUACACAUCCCAGUAAUUUGUCUUUGGCUAAAGCAUAUCUUCCAGAAAGACAAAGGGACUGAUACAUGGCAAUGCUGAGCAUCACAGCACAUCUCUUCAGGUGCCUUACCCUCCUAGCAAAAUCUGCAUCUCAGAUAUAUAGGCCCAAAUACAACCUCCCUUUAUGAGGAUAAGUAGUACGUCCAUGACCACUGCUAGACAUAUAUGUGGCAUUUGGGGUUACUUAACCCAUUUUAGAUCUUACUCCCCAUGUUCCCAAUAACUUAGGGGAUAGGACAUUUUUUAAAGUGUAGGACACCCAUGUUUUAAGCCCUCUCAAUCCAUGGGGGGUUUGAGUUUAUAUCUCCAAGAUCCCACAAAGUCCCUAUCCAACAAUCCAAAAGCUCUGCAAGAAUAACUCUUUUUCUGGCUUUUAAAUCAUGAUUAUGCAGAGUCUAUUCCAAACUAUACUUAGAUCACAUGUUACAGCCACUUCUUGGAAAUUUGAGCUUGUCCUGGACAACUUCUGUGCAGACCAGAUUUGGAAUGAUAAAUGUUUUAUACCCUUUGACCCUGGAUUAUCAACAGUUGUGACCAUCGGAGACAACCAUUGAGAAGCUUUUGAAUUGGC